AUGGAUCGCAGUGAUCAUCUCAAUCAUGCUGGUACUGUUUGUGUUUUUACGUUAAACGAUGAGUUUUCCCGAACAAAUUCUGUAGGCUUUAGCAGUCAGUAUCAGUUUCCACAAGACCAAGCUUGUAUAGAAGAUGACAACCUUUCUGGAGCAACAGCUGGUGGAGCUUCAAUCGGGUCACUUAUACGUGGUACGAAAGGACAUUUAUCCAGUAUACUUGACAGUGUCACACAGAAUAAUACUCAUGUGCGCAAAAAAAAGGGUAAAGUGCGCGAAAAAAAUCAAAAGAAAGGGCGGUGCGGUAAACAUGGGAAUGGAUGGAGUGCGGGGAAAUGUGUUGCAUCGAUUUUAGAAAUGAUGCAAAGCGGGACAGCAGUAGUGUGA